AUGGUCUCCCUUUCCUUCUCGCGCCAGCUGGAGUCCAGGGAGCCCAGGGUGCUUUCAGAGCAGGACCACGGCUCUGACCUGGAGAACACCCGCCUGCACCUGGAGGAUGAGAAGCAGAGGAGCGCUGGCUUGUCACAGAUGAACUCUCUGCUGCGGGAGCAGCUGGAACAGAUAAAAUCCUCCAACCAGCGCCUGGCAGCAGAGCUGGAGCAGGCCACGGUGGACGUCCAUCGCCUGAGGGGCGAGCUGGAGCAGUGCCACCAUAGAGAGAGCUCUGGCCCCUCCUGGAGGAGCAAGCAUGGCGAGACCCUCCUGCUGUGGCACCAGGCAGCCACGCUACGCGGGCACUUCAUGGACCUCCGGGCCGUCACGGAGAGAGGCCUGGCGGAGGCAAAGAUAGACAUGGCCAAGCUGGCACGGCGCCUCCACACAGCCUGCCUUAACCUGGACUCCAACCUCCGCCUGUCCCAGAGCCACACCACCUGCUCCCUGGAGAAGGAGAGCCUGCAUGGAGCACAAUUGGAGCAGCAGCUCCGCGACAAGGUGCGGGAGAUGAUAGAGCUCCAGAGCCACUGGGAUGGAGAGAAAGUGGAGCUGAACUCCAGGAUAGCGGAGCUGAGCCUGCGAGCCGAGCGGCUCCAGGAGCAAAACAUGGAGAAGGAGGAGUCCAUUGCCCACCUCAAGCUGGACAUUGAGAAGCUGGUGCGCCCCAUGGGCCUGCUCCACGCGCGCCCACUCCCCCUGCCCAUGCCAUGGCCAUCAAGGGCCUCUUUACCUGUCGGCACAGAAAGCUGCCACUGCGAGGGAGGCAACAGAAGGCAAGGAGGAAGCGGGACCCCUCUCCCGGGACGGCAGGGACGCAUCGGCAGAGAGCUGCAGCGACACAGAGCCCUCCUGGAGGAGCAGAAGGAAGAGCUGGCCAGUGAGUGGGAGAGGAGCCGGAAAGAGCUAGAGCGAGGGCAGCAAUCCCUGGAACAACUGGAGGAGAAGGCCUCAGCCCUGAAGAAGGAGCUGCUGGCGGUGACGGAGACGCUGAGCCAGGCCACGCUGGCCAGGGAGGUGCUGGAGGGUGAGAAGGCCUGCCUGGGUGGCGCGCUGAGGAAGGCUGAGGCCACCUGCGCCAAGCUGGAGCUGGCCCUGAACACGAUGCAGCUGGAGGGAGCGGAGCUGAGAGACUCGCUGGCCAAAAUGGCAGCCCUGAACGAGGGCCUGGCAAGGUAG